AUGUGUUUCGGCAGUCGGAGGGACGAAGAUGAGUACAAGAAGAGUAAAGAUAUCGAUGCCCAGAUCCACCGGGACGAGAAGGACAUGCAGAAGGUGGUGAAGCUUUUGCUUCUAGGUGCUGGAGAAAGCGGCAAGUCAACGAUAUUAAAGCAGAUGAAAUUGAUUUACACCAAGGAGGGCAUAUCGAGAAACGAAAAGGAAGAAUGGCGGAUUAUCAUCUUCAACAACCUCCUGGACGGCCUCAAGAUGGUAAUUGACGCUAUGGAAGAGCUGAGUAUCGAAUUCAAGUACGAAAAUACAACAGUCCAUCUCCCCAUAAUCAUGCAAGAAAAAGAUCUCAGACCUUUUGAACCCAUCCCAGUUGAAUAUCUUCGCGCAUUCAAGGAUUUAUGGGCGGAUCCGGGACUUCAGCAGGCUGUCGAGAGGGGCAACGAGUAUGCCCUUCAUGAUAACUUAGACUACUUUUUCGAAGACCUCGAUCGAUUAUUCCAGAAAGACUUUGUUCCCACCGAUCAAGAUGUCCUACGAGCCCGUUUGCGAACAACUGGAAUUACCGAGACCCUGUUCGACUUAGGUGCCCUACAAUACCGUAUGUUUGACGUGGGUGGACAACGAUCAGAGCGAAAGAAGUGGAUUCAUUGCUUUGAGGGUGUAAAUGCCUUGUUGUUUCUGGUAGCGAUCAGUGGCUAUGAUCAAUGUCUGGCGGAAGAUAAGGAUGGGAACCAAACACAAGAAGCUCUCAUGCUUUGGGAGUCGAUAGCCAACUCACAUUGGUUCAAGAGCUCCGCGCUUAUCCUGUUCCUGAACAAAAUUGAUUUGUUCAAGGCCAAAAUUACCACGAGCCCCAUCACCAAAUUUGGCUUCUCGGACUUUCAGGGCGACGUUUCGAGCUGGCAGCAAACAAGCAAGUACUUCAUGGAUAAAUUUGUUGCUCUCAACCGGAAUCAGACCAGGGAGGUCUACCCACACUUCACAAAUGCUACCGACACAGAUCUUCUGAAAGUUACAAUGACCUCGGUCCAAGACAUGAUCAUUCAAAAGAAUCUUCAAAGACUCAUUUUGUAA